AGAUACUCGUAGACUCUCAGUAUAGCUUGAAAAAAUUUCACUUAAUGAAACGUUACUAAGGAAAACAGUUCCCAGUUUUGACCGGAUUAAAUCUAAGCUGCCACACGCAAUUUUCAUUGUAUUUUCCAAAUUUUAUUUUAAAUUCUUUGCACUUUGCAAUCUCGCGCUCGGUUUUCGACUCCUUGCAAUAAUGCUCGAUGGACAGGAGCAGAACGGGGCAGGCCCCGGAGGCCCCAAGCCCGGGCGACGCGUGCAAUUCAGUUCCGACACGAAGCCAGGCGACGGCGAGGAGGCGGCCCAGCCAUCGGGCUCCCGUUCCCGUUCCGCGUCCCCCGGCCUGGGCGCAGGGGUGCACAGCCCCCCCGGACUGGACUUUGGGGAACAGAUGCUGCCGUCGCCGCUGGCCGUCGGCUCGCAGCUGUGGCACGCUAGUGCCAGGCGCUUGGACCUCCGGUACCUGAGCCAGGAGCUGCCCAGCCCGAAGGAUCAGCUGUUGUUCCUGGGCGACAUGCAAAAGUCGUUCAAGUGUGUGGUUUUCGACGUGGACCGACUCGCGGACAACCUCAAGGCCCUGGAGACGGCCGAGGUGGGGGACCUGAGCUCUGUGCAGGAGUGCCACCUGAUGUCGAAGGACACGGACCCCGCCACCGGGGCCCAGGGCGACACGGCGCAGACGAGCAGCUGCCGCGUGACCUUCUCCGAGUGGCCGAUGCACUCGCUGCCCAAGCUGAUGGUCAACCUGCGGCGCCUCCACCUCUACUGCAACGUCCAGGUGCACUUCAUCGAGCGCUUCGCCAACCUGGAGCUGCUGGCCCUCUACGGCAGCAUCUCGCAGAGCGCCAUCACGGGUGUGUUCGAACGCUGCCGCCAGCUGGAGCGACUCUCGAUCAAGGCCGAGUGCGACGCCCGCCUCGACCUCAGCGGCGUGGCCAAGUGCCCCUUCGUGAACGGCAUAUCGGUGCCCGUCAGCAUGUUCGCCAAUCAGCGGGACCUGCUGAUCAGCCGCCCCCACCAGCAGCUGAUCGAGCUGACGCAGUGCGGCCGCAACAGCAGCCUGGCCGUGGACUGUCUGCGCUCAAUCGUCGCCCUGAAGGGCGACUCCAUCGAGGCCAUACAGAUGGACUGCGGAUGGCUCGACAACGGUGCCCGGAGCCUCGCGGACAUGGCCAUGGGUCGCUGCACUCGCCUGGACCGCCUCGUCCUGGGCAACUGCGACUUCGGGCACAUGGCGAUCGGAAGCCUCGAUCUGCCGCGGGCCCACCGCCACAUUGCGCUGAACCGGUGCCACAAUCUGACCGAUAGCCAGGUCCAGGACAUCGUCCAGCUCUGUCCGGACAUCCACGAGCUCAGCCUGAUUGAGGGCCCCCUCCUGACGGGCGCCCUGCUGCACAACGUCUAUCGCGCACGGGCCGAAAUGGCCGUGGGCCAUCCCCUGAGCCUCGUUCUGACCAACUGCAAGACCCUUCUGGCCGCCUACAAGACCGUGUUUGCGGAGUACUGGGAGCCACGCCGUGACAUCCUUAAGAUCGAGUUCGUCGAGGACGAAAGCACUCCCGUGGAGGAUGUACAGGUGUUCUUUUACGGUCCUUCCCUGGACCAAGGUUCUUCGGAGGCAGCUGAUCCCCAGAUUCCCCAAAUGCCCCAAAUGCCCACCGAUGCCUAAUUGAAUACAAAAGCAACUGCAGACCCGCCAUAGAGGCCUCAUGUUUAUUGUGAUUGCGAUUUUCAAUGAUUUCUAUUCGGAAUAUCUCAGACAAAG